AUGCCUAAUUUAACAUCUUAUCAUGCUCCUUCUAUACAUUCUAAUCGAGAACUUCCGAAAACUUAUUGUGAUCUAAUUCGACAUGAAAUUGAUUAUAAACAUUUUCUUCGUACUCGUAUUGCAAAUAUUCAUUCAUCUUUAUCUUUUACCAAUAAGAAACAUUUUAUUCCAGCAAAGAAUAUUCCUCGACGUAGAUAUUAUGAUCAUAAUCAACGAUUAUUUCAUGUAUAUCAACAUAAUUUACAAUUAUGUAAAAAAAUACUUGAAAUUUGGACAAAUAAUGGUAAACAACAAGGUGGUGUUGAUUGUCAUAAUGAAAAUUAUCGACAACAAAUAAAUAUUUCUCAUUUUCGUUUACGACAAAAACAAUGCAAAGAUAAAAUUGAAAAUGAAAAUAAACGAUUCAUACAUUCAAUGAUAUACCACCGAAAAAAAUAUCAACCAAUACAUGAUCGUUCAACAGCAUAUAAAGAUUUUGAAAAACAUUUAAAAUUACUAAAGACGAUGUCCCAAUAUCCCAAAUAUAUUUUAACAAAUCCUAUUCAUAAAAAUCUAUUUAAUUAUGAUAAUUUACCUGAAUAUGUUUAUUAUAAUUUCAGUCAAUUUUAUAAUUUAAAACCAAAUACAUCUUUACAAACUUCAUGUCAAGCAUUACCACGUUCGUAUAAAUUAAUUAAACAAAAAGCUUCAGCAAAUAAAACAAAAUCUAAUAAACAAAUAAAAACACCUAUGAAAUCUACAUAUGUAGAAAAUUUUAUACAACAAACAUUAAAUGAUGCAAUUUAUAUUUAUAAUCAAUCAUUUCCAUCUGUAUCAACUUCUGUUAAAUCAUUAUAUACACAAAAUAAUCAAAGAUCAAAAUCACGUUCGUAUCAACAACAAAAACCCUUUCAUUCUGUGUCAUGUCGUCAGUUACUUGAGCCUUGGUCUAACACAAGACAACAGAAGAAAAUAUCAAAAAAUAUAAUUAAUAAAGUAAACUAA